UUCGCAAGGCCCAUUCAUGACAAAUUUCCUCGAGAAUGCAAAAGGGCCAGUUACUAUACAAGACCAGUCCGAGUCUUCAGAAAAGCCAUUAAUUGAUCGUAAUGAAUUUGGUAACAAGAAUAUGACCGUUUCCGAGGAGAGUCAAAAAUGCUUUGAAGUGGAUGAAUUAGAAAUCGAGGAUUUCGCAGCACAAGAGAUUGAUUUGAACCACUGCAGGAUUAAAUCUAUCUCGCAUCUUGAGCUAUUCCCAAAUGUCAAAAUAUUAUGUCUCAGGAAUAACAUAAUUAAAAAGAUCGAAAAUAUGGAGCCGGUAUCUCUGACUCUCGUCGACCUUGAUUUAUACGAUAACCAAAUAACUAAAGUCGAAAAUUUAGACUGCCUGAAGGAAUUAACGUGCCUUGAUUUAAGCUUUAAUCGAAUAAGGAUUAUAGAAAAUGUUGCCGAAAUGAUCAAGCUAAAGAAGUUGUUCUUCGUUAACAAUAAACUACGUAAAAUUGAAAAUCUGGAUGCUCUAACCUCUCUUGAAAUGCUUGAGCUUGGUUCAAAUAAAAUACGAGUCUUGGAAAACCUUGGGUCGUUGGCCAAUCUGGACCAAUUAUUUGUCGGGAAAAAUAAAAUAACGAAACUCGAAGGGCUAGAUUCACUUACAAAUCUUAAGUUACUCAGCAUACAGGCAAGCCUA